GGAUUGUCUGUUUUCAUCCCUUUUUCCAAGCAGCAUAAUUAUAGUUCAUACCUUACUGUAUUUCUUAGUCGCUGGUCAUUGCAAACGACGGUAAUUUUUAAAUAGAGAGAAAUAUGCUUCUGGGUGGUUUUAUCCCUCGUCGUUUCAGUCAAUUCAACCGAGACCCGUUUUGGAUGUUUUUCGCCUUUACCCUUGGGACGUGGUUUGGUGAGUAUCCAGCGUUGUGUUUGAAGUAUAACGCUUCCUCGCUUAUUCUCGACCCCCACCGCUACGUAUGGUCUCAUCUUGAUGAUCAUCACUAAUGGGGGAUCUAACUUUGAGAUGUGUUUAUAACUGACGAAGUUCGCAUACUCGACGCCGAUUUUCGCUUUCUUCAUACGCCUUCAUUGUCUUUUCACCCUUAAAGUGUUCUAUCAACCUGAUCUCUAAAGACAGUAGAUAGCGUCAUUAGGAUAAUUGGAGGAGGUUUCUCGGACGUUAGAUUAUUACCGUAUAGGAAAAUUAGUAGUGAGAUUAGCAAGAAUGGGAAAAUUCCUUCAUUCCAGGAAUGUCAUAUUCCCUAGCAAAUACCAGUAAAAAUAAAAUUAUAAUGGUGCUUUCUUUGGAUGAUUUGCAUUUAUCGAGGGCAUAUUAAGUUAGUUGCACCUCGUAGCAUUUCUUGUACAUCUCAUUGAUACUUUAA